AGAUGAAAGCGCCGCAUUAAUUAACGGCGUUAAAGCCGGCGGAAGUCCUCACAAGGCAAACAUGCGCGCGCGCGCGGCUCUAAUAGCAUUAUGAUGCGGAGGGGCGGGGCCUCGUUCUGGUUGCUGAAGCGCUGUGUGUUGGCGGAACCGGAGCGGUCGGUCGGGCUGCUACAGUGAAGCGGAGCUCCGGGGCGGCAGCGCGGCUCUGCAUGGAGUUGGUCACACUGUUCAGUCCUGAGCAGAGCAACCUGAGGCUCACACACACUCAGCCACUCUCCUCUCCUCUCCUCUCCUCUCCUCUCCCGGUGCUCUGCUUCCAGUCUCCGCUCCGGCUCUCAGCGCUUUAACCCCCGCAGAUCCAUCUGAUGGUGACAUAUUGCUGAAUGAUGAUGGAGGAUCUCUGAAGAACAAUCUUAGUUACAUUUGAAGAUUGCCCAUUCUCAAUCCCGUCUUCAAUGGGCUCCCGCAGCCAAGGUUUCUUCCACAGCCAGCACCAUCACCACCGCAGCUCCACGAUGCCCAGUCCAGCUGUGCCAAGAAUGAUGGCUGAGCCGGGCAGUCUGGUCAGUGGCAUUGCCCAAAUCACUCCUACGCUGUUCCUUAGUCGUGGUGCAGUAGCAUCCAAUCGUGGUCUGCUCCUGUCCAAGGGAAUCACAUGUGUAGUGAAUGCCACUAUUGAGCUGCCAAAUUUCAACUGGCCACAUGUGGAGUAUGUAAAGGUUCCACUGGCAGAUGCACCACACUCACCUAUAGCGCUGUACUUUGACAGCAUAGCAGACAAGAUUCACAGCGUGGGGCGGAAGCGCGGCGCUGUGCUGGUGCACUGCGCCGCUGGUGUGAGCCGCUCUGCCUCGCUCUGCCUCGCCUACCUCAUGAAGUAUCAUGGUGUGUCACUGGCUGAGGCACACGCCUGGGUAAAGGCCAGACGGCCUGUCAUUCGGCCCAACAGUGGGUUCUGGCGUCAACUUAUAGACUACGAGCGCAAACUCUUUGGCAAGACCUCAGUGAAGAUGGUUCAGACACCGUAUGGGGUCAUUCCCGAUGUCUAUGAGCGUGAUCGUAGGAACCUGGCACCUUAUUGGGGCCUGUAAAGAAAGCAGUGGGAGCAUUUUUAGGACACAGGAAAAACGGAAGGUGAGCAGGUCUGAGCAAUGAACGUUGGUUGAUUGGUGACUCACCCAGUAUCCAGACACAAAACGCUGUUGACUACCAGAAACACCGAGACUUAAGGCUAAUGUUGAGUGUUGAACACUGAGACACCUAUUGAUGCAUUUUUCUCCAGUGAUGAGAGGGAGGAAGCGAGACCAAGGUGAGAUGCCAGGUGACAUCAGCAGCGACAGACCCUGGGCUAUUCUUGAUUAGGAAGAUGAACUGGAAAUGGGAGCUGAAGACAAAGCCUUUAGGGCAUUGUAAGAAUGUGAUGCAGAUUUCGUAAUCUGCUCAAUAGUGUGAUGACUUGUCAGUUCUGCAGAUAUCAUUUUUUUUUUCUGAGGCUGCAAUCUGUUCUCAAUUACUGGUAGCAUUUUCAAGCACAUUUUUGAAUAGGAUUACUGAACGUGACUAAACCUCAAAAAUUGGAAGAGGUUAAAUGUUAAACCAGGAGCUUAUUUAAUGAACAUAAUCAAACUAAAUACUGUAUUAGGCGCACUAUUUAAAUAUUAUAGUAACAUUUUGGCUAUUAAAGUUACAGAGCUUUUUUUUUUAAUGAACUUUCCACUGACACAUUAGGUCCAAGUUAGUAUUAUUUACAGGCUGCUUGUUUUUGAGUUGUUGAGAUUUGGAUUACAUUUGAUUGGCCAUUUAAGUGACCAAUCAAACCAGUCAACAUAACUAUAAGAACUCAGUAAUAAAUGUAACAACUUUAAUGAUGGUGGGUUCUGAUUUUCAUUACUAACAAAUUAUAAGAACAACUAAAGGACUGAUCUGCUUUAUUAAAUGAUUUGAUAGGGAAUAAAUAAGCAUUUUCAUGGAUAAGAGGGUUUUGGGAGUCAGAAAAAUGGUAGUCCUUUGAAAAAAAAAAAAAAAGACGUUUGGAAGCCAUGUUGUAGUUAUGGUACAUUUCCUAAUUUAAAUAAUAGUGGUGUGUUUUUUUUUUUUUUUUUUUUUUCCAGCUGGGUUGUUUUACAAUCAGGGUACAAAGUUUGUGUCACAGGGGUCCAAAAUUCAGAUUGAUUCAAAUUGGUUCUUGUACCAGUUUUUAAGUGAAGGACAAGUUAAAGAACAGAUUUCAGGUAAUUUUUUGACAUGUGUAUGGUAGUUUUGUGUAAUCUGCUACAAGAUAAAGAAGAUUAAGUGUAGCUUUAAGCAGGGCUGGGAGAAACAAAUGAAGUGAUUCUCGGAGAGGACUUUUUUUUUUUUUUGACAAUUCAGAAUCCACUACUUCCAUAGUGCUUUUAAAUAUAAGGCUGUAAGCUUUGUGUUAGUUGUCUCUAAUAUUUAUGUCCCAAUAUCUUGACCACAUUUUAGGAUGAAAAUAAUCAUUUUAGAUAUAUAUGUUAUUUUAUAUUGAAAAAUUAGCUGUCUCGGAGAGGACAUUUUUUUUUUUUUGACACAAUUACAUACUAAUUUGAUCAAAAUAGUCUGAAAACUUACUGGCAUUCAACAUUAAAACUUAACUAUGUUUCCAAUGAUAUGGAACCAAAUAUUUGUUUUAUGGUAUAAAGAAUGAUUUAAGUGCAUCCCUUUUGGAGCUCCCUGCGGUCAAAAAAGCACUUUUUCUAAAUGACACGAGUAAUUUUGCUAAAUAUGACACAUAUUGCCAUACAUUCAACAAAAAUAACGUUCUCACCAAAUUUUUUUUGCAUGCUAAAUAGAGCUAUCACAGGGCUACAAUAAACAACCAAGUUUAUUUAGUCAAGCCUUUUGAUAUUGAAGAUAAUAAGUGUUAAAUGUGAUUUUUAGCUUGCGCACCCUGAUUGUAAAACAACCCAGCUACAAAUGAUUGGGUCCUUUUGAUACUUUUGCAGUUUUAUUAGUUUAUAAAUAAUUCAUGGUUUUUCCGCCCUUAUACAUAUUUCCUUAAUACACACCUUUUCACAUGAUUAUGGUUGGAGAAAUGAUCUUGCAAAGUAUUAAAAAAAAUUAAAUGUCGAGUCAUGGUCUGUGUCAUGAAAUAAUCUAAAAAAAAAAAAGCUG